UUUCGUGUUUAAUGUUUGACCCUCGAUUCUGACUCAGUGUUUGCAUUUACACACCAGCAGAACCUUAGCGAAGAGCAGAUCAAUGGAGGUUGAUGUUUAACUGUGGCUUUGGCAGCACCGAGAGUCUCCUUUGGCAUUUGCAAGCUUCUCCUCAUUUCAGCCUGGAUAGCAGGUCUUCCACCUUAAGCCUCCGAGGUUGGACUGAGAAGCACCAUGGACCUGUGGCUUCUGACUCUCCUGCUGACCAGCUUCCAUAGCUGCGCACUGGCCGGUGAUGGGAAAGGGCCGGACGCCUACGGCGGAUCCACGGUGGCGCCGAUGCCGUCGACUCCUCCGACUCCUCCGACUCCCCCUGUGUCCCGGGAGGAGGUGCCGGAGACGCCGGCCGUCACCCACCACAGCCAGGAGAAUCCCGCUAAGGAGCUCCUUCAGGACGCUCCCCCCCCGCUGGAGACAGUGAAGGGAGAUUCCUCAGAGGAGCUGGUGGGCUGCGAAGCAUCCGUCUCCAGCGCAGAGGUCCAGAAGGAGCUGGGGAAUGCCAUGAUGAAGUUUGGCCUGCGUCUGCUGGAGGAGCUGCCGGCCACAGAGGAGCAGCCCAACGUGAUGGUGUCGCCCCUGAGUGUCACCGUGGCGCUUUCCCAGCUGGCCCUGGGCGCUGUGGGUGACACAGAGACCCAGCUCCUGCGAGCCCUGCACGUCGACACGCUGCCCUGCUACCACAAGGCCCUGCGCCGCCUCCUGCACCGAGCGCGUGAUGACACCCUGCAGGUGGCCUCCCGGCUGUACCUGCGACCCGGGUUUGCGGUGAAGCCAACUUUUUUACGGGGGUCACAACAAAUGUACGACUCGUUCCUGGCUGAACUCCGCAGCCUGGAGGAGGUCAAUGAGUGGGUGAAGGCAGCUACCCAGGGCCAGGUGACUGACUUCCUGUCCAGCCUCCCUCCCAACGUGGUACUCAUGCUCAUCAAUGCCGUCCACUUUAAAGGCGAGUGGGAGGCGCGCUUCGAUCCGCGCUUCACCUCCACAGAUGUCUUCUAUGUUGACGACAAGCACGAGGUCAAGGUGGACAUGAUGCAUGGACCCAAAUAUCCCUUGAGCCUUCUCAUCCACCACGAGCUGGAUGCUCAGGUUGCUCGCUUCCCCUUCAAGGACCAUAAGAGUCUCCUGGUCGUGAUGCCCACGUUGGGGAAGGUAAAUGUAUCAGCCAUCGCAGCCAAGUUCAACACCUCUGAACUCUAUGCCAGCCUCCCUGAGCCAAGGAACAUGGAGGUGAAGCUGCCGAAGUUCAGGAUUGAGUACGGCCAGGAGCUGGAGCAGGCGCUGACCAGCAUGGGGAUGGGGAGGCUCUUCUCGGGACCCAACCUGUCCCGCAUCGCUGAGGGGCCCCUGCUGGUGAGCAGCGUGCAGCACAAGAGCAGCAUGGAGCUGCGGGAGGAAGGUGCGGAGGCAGCGGCUGCUACCGGCGUGUCCAUCAUGCGCUGGAGCCCCUUCUUCGGCGUGAACCAGCCCUUCUUCUUCGCCCUUGUGGAUGACCACACGCAGACCCCGGUGUUCCUGGGUGUCGUCAACAACCCCAACCCAGGCGCGCCCCUCGAACUGAGAAGGCUGACAGGGAAGCGCGUCGUCCCAGACAAGGGCGACAAGGAUGACGACGAGUCAGGAGACAAGAUGGCGGACAAGCAGGGCAAGAACAGGGCAGACAAAGUGGGUCCUCGUACCAGCAAGGAUCAGCCCAAAUAAGUGAGGUGUCGCAGGGACUACGAGACAGAGGCUGCAGUCUAGCGAGAGCUGCCCUGCCUGCCGAAGGGGGGGGCGGCCUAUAUGUAUUUUUACACAAUAACAUGCACAUAUCCAUGCUUCACUGGUACGUUUGCUCUCAGACACUGAAACACGCGUCUUUUCCUUGGGACAUCCCACUGAGUCUAACAACUGCAGUGAAAUUAGCAAGCUCAGAAACAGACUAAACUUUUUAUCAACAUCUUUUUGAACCUGUAGCUCAAUAAGUAAAAGCGUUCAUUUUAUUUAAAGGUAAUGCGCCUUUUCGCCACAUGAUGGCACAAAUACACAGAGCUAAGAAAUGCGCGCGCACACACACACACACACACACACACACACACACAUACAGUGUAUACAUUUUGCGGCACCACCAAACGGUCUUGGCUGUUUUUUACCCAGGGAAAGGUAUCCAUUUUAGAAUCAUUAUAUAAAAGAGUCUUUGUUUCGGUGAUUUAAUAAAAACGCGAACAACUUGA